CAAUGAAGAAGGAAAACGCGGAUACCGUUCCGGGUUUGAUGGAUACUGCUACCUGACUGUACACUAGGGAGGUCCUGAAUGUUUACUGUUCAGGAUGCUGCUGGUUUUGUCGGAAGACCACAAAGAACAUCUUUCCUUCUUGUCCAAGGUUGAUGCUUCCGUGGUUGGAGAGUUUGGUCGGAUAGCGCUGGAAUUCUUGAGGAAAGGAUCAAGUCCCAAGAUCUAUGAAGGCGCAGCCAGGAAGCUAAGUGUUCCUGUAGAAAUGGUCCAGCAUGGGGUGGAAGGCCUAAUGUUCCUCAUGACAGAGAGCUCCAAACACAUGAUCUCUGAGGUGGACUUCAUGGACUCUGUGCUAGUUUUGGGGUUCAGUGAGGAGCUUAAUCAGAUCCUGUUGCAGCUCUACCUGCAGCAUCACAGUCAGAUUCGCAGCACCCUGAACCAGCUGCUCCCCACUCAGCCCACCUACCACAACCUGGAAUGGAGACUGGACGUUCAGCUGGCGAGUCGUUCAGUCCGACAGCAGGUCAUUCCCAUGGUGAUCAUGCGUCUGCACCUGACAGGAAGCUCAGGUAUCAGCAGGGUUCUCCACACAGAUCCCAGCACCCUCCUGCACCUGAUCUCCACUCUGGAGGCUGCUUUGGCUGCCUUGAAAACGAGCCACGCUCGCCGUAUUUUACGUAACAUCAAAUAAUUCCCUCUGGAAAACUUCCUGUGUCACAUGUGCCUCCUGCUGCCUGCACAGCGCCUCAAUGUUCAGCAGUAUGUGCAGUUUUAGGAACAAGCAAAUGUUUUUUUUUUUUUUCAUUUUUGCCUUUGAAUCAGUAUGUGUCAAAAUAUAAAAUUGUGUUUACUAGAUUUGUACAGUGCUGCUGACAUUGCAUUAAAGUGAGUCAAACAGA